AUGCUUUCGAGCUCAAUGCGCCACACACGGCCGCGGCAGCGGCUCAUCAAUCCCUUUGCCAGGGCCACCGCCAGACCCGGCGCCGCAUCGUCGUCGCAUCCGUGUCCGAUGGCCGGACGCGGCGCUGCCACAGCCGCCGCUGCCUGGCGUCCAGUCUCGGUUCUUGACGACUGGGUUGCUCGUGAGGCCCGUCCCAUCAGCUUGCGCCAGCUCAUGGUCUUUGGCCGCUCUCUCACCGAGUCCCGCCUCAUCAGCUCAGCCAACUAUGUCCGGACAGAAUUACCAUCCAGAAUCGCCCAUCGCCUUCGCGACAUGCAGCAGCUCCCUUACGUCGUCGUCACGAACCCCCACAUUAACGACGUCUACAACCUCUACUACAAAGCUUUUGACACCUUUCGUAAGAUCAAAGAGGUCAAAACCCUCGAGGACAACGACCGGCUAUGCGAGAUCAUCAGCGAGAACCUCAAGGGUCAUCUCACCGUUAUCCCCAAGCUCGCCAUGGGCAUCCUCGAGUGCCGCGGCCUGAUGAACCCGCAGGACCUCGACAAGUUUAUGAAUACCAUUUUACGAUCCCGCAUAUCUCGCCGCGUCAUUGCCGAGCAGCACCUCUCCCUCACCGAGACCUACCACUCACCGCACUUUUCGCCCGGCGCCAAGCUCUCCGAGAGCGACUUCAUCGGCGAGGUCUUUAUUCGGUGCCAGGCCCGCGACGUUAUUGACCGCUGCGCCCGCGCCGUCACCGCCCUCGCCCGCUCAACCAACGGGCCUGACGCCCAGGUCCCCGCCGUCCACGUCGACGGCCACCUGAGCGCUUCCUUCCCCUACAUCCUCAGUCACCUUGAGUACAUAAUUGGCGAGCUCCUCCGCAACUCUGUCCAGGCCGUCAUCGACCGUCAAGCUAAGCUCCGCGAGAAAGCAGUCGCGGCGGCCGCCGCAGGAUCAACAACCUCCACCACGCUCAACGCCGCCCUGAAUCAGCCCCCGCCGCCAAUCGAAGUCACCAUCUGCGAGGCCCAGGAGCACGUCAUCAUCCGCAUCUCGGACCGCGGCGGAGGCAUCCCCCGCGACGAGCUCCCCUACCUAUGGUCCUUUUCCAAGGGUCCCAAGUCCGCCAACCGUCUCGAGAACCUCGGUCAGGUACCCCGCAUGGCCGCGACCAUGCAGGAGCUGCACAUUGACGAGCUCGCCCGCGCCGACCUCAAGGCGCCCUCCUAUCCCACGCCGCCACCACCAACACCAUCGCCCCUCCAGCAGCCGCCCUCCGCCGCCACGCCGCACACACCCUCGCAGCAAAACUCUCUUUCUAGCCUCACAAGCCGCCCGCCCAACCUCCGCCUCGGCAUGGGCCUCCCGCUCAGCCGCGUGUACGCCGAGUAUUGGGCCGGCAGCCUACAUGUCCACAGCCUCGAGGGCUACGGCGUUGACGCCUUCCUGCAAAUCUCACGCCUCGGCAACAAGAAUGAGCAGCUCACCACGCGCGCCAGCAUGGAUGCCGUCUGA